AUGGUGGUGCUCUUGUUCCUCAGCUUUGCUGCCUGCACUGCUCUGCUCUCAGCAGGAGAGAAAGUCAAGCAGACUCCCAGUGACAUGUUGAAGAAGACGGGAGAGACGGCCACCAUCCAAUGUUCUCACAGCAUUGAGGGCUACGACGUGAUCCUCUGGUACAAGAACGUGGAGGUGCAGAUGCAGUCCAUGGGCUACAUGUCUUACAACAAAGGCUUCCCAGAGAAGGGUGUGGACGUGGAGAUCAAAGGGAGCGCCUCAGUGAAUGAACAGUGCCAACUGAUCAUCCCAAAGCUCAACCUGAACAGCAGUGCUCUUUAUUACUGUGCAGCUAGCUACCACGCUGCAGCAUUAAGCUGUCCUAUCAAGUCAUACACUCUUAUUAGAACGGAGGUUAGUCUGGUGGUUCUACCCACAGACGUGGUGACGGCAGAGACACCCCAACAACCACCACUCAUUGCCACAAACCACAACAGUGGCCACCCCGUUGCACCGGACCCAGCAGCCACGGCCGCCCGCACCACAAACGGCAGCAAACACCACGGUUGCAAAACCCCCAACAACCAGCACCACCUGAUCAAAUCAAAACGACAGAAAAACCGCGACCGACAACCACACGCCGACAUGACUAUGGAGGCCAGCCAGCACCAGUCCGCCAGUCAGCCCAGAUGCCUACAAGCAAACAAGAGAUACAUGGUGGUGCUCUUGUUCCUCAGCUUUGCUGCCUGCACUGCUCUGCUCUCAGGAGAAAAAGUCCUGCAGACUCCUGGUGACUUCAUCGAGAAGACAGGAGAGACGGCCACCAUCAAUUGUAGUCAUAGCGUGCCGAGCUACGACAUGAUCCUCUGGUACAAGAACGUGGAGGUGCAGAUGCAGCUCCUGGGGUACCUGUACAACAGACAAGGCUUCCUAGAGAAGGGUGUGGACGUGGAGAUCAAAGGGAGCGCCUCAGUGAACGAACAGUGCCAACUGAUCAUCCCAAAGCUCAACCUGAACAGCAAAUCAAUACAAAGUCACAAAGAGCUUCUUUGGGUGGUCACAUUCAUCAUGAAGCCUCAGUCUUCAGCUCUCAUUGUCUUCAUUACCCAUGUCCUCUGUACGGCAGGGGUCAAGCUGAGCCAACACACAGAGGUUUCCCAGACACCUCACUCAGUGUUCGGGAGAGAGAACGACCAAAUCACGCUGAGCUUCAGCCAUGCGAUCCAGAACUACGACACCAUCCUGUGGUACCAACGCUCCACCGAGACUACCAACCUGAAGUUUAUCGCCUCUGUGAACUACAAAGCAGCCUCGGUGGAGGCGCCUCUUGGAGGCCACUUCAACGUGAGCGGCGAUGAACCUAACCGAGUUGCGGAGCCACCCAAGGUGACCUUGCUGAAACCUUCGCCACAGGAGUGCAGCCAGCAGAAGAAGAAGAAGAAGAAGACUUUAGUGUGCGUGGCCACGGGCUUCUACCCGGACCACGUCAGCGUGGUGUGGCAGGUCAACCAGGUGGAGGAGCACACAGGUGUGGCCACGGACUUGCGGGCCCUGCGAAGCGGGGACUACUACAGCAUCAGCAGCAGGCUGAGGGUCCCAAGCAGCCAGUGGUUCAACUCCCACACCACCUUCAAGUGCGUGGUCAACUUCUUCAACGGGAAAGAAAGUGUGGCGUAUGAGGCGGAGAUGAAAGGAGAAAAAGGCUGGGACCAGGAAGACGCCAUGACGCGAGACAACUUCCUGAAGAUCUGGCAGAGCGCCAAACUCUCCUACGCCGUCCUCAUCGCCAAGAGCUGCGUCUACGCCGCCUUCCUCUUCUUCCUGCUACGCAACAUUCCCCUUGGUUUCCUCGGGGAAAAGUGACUAACUUUCAUUGUUGUGUUGUUCAUUGUGUCCUUCAUUUCUUGUCCUGCGUCUGCUUUUCACAAUAAAAGUACAACAUUGAAAGAC